AUGCGAAGCUGCAAAACCACCGGGCCGCUGGCCUUUGCGACGCAAGUGGCUGCUGCUAUGGGCCGCUUCUCCCGCAUGCUCCAUUCCUGGCUGCGGCCGCACUUCCUGGAUUUGACGUUUCAAAACCAGGCCCAAGACAGGUACAUCCGCUUCCUGGAGCUGCACCGUCAGCACCCGGAGGUGACUCUGGUCCCCACCGCCGACAUUGCGCUGAUGUGGCACACACACCUGGGGAUGAGCGAGGAAUACGCGAAGGCCUGCCUGUUCGGAGAAAGGUUGGAACCUUGGCGGCCUGAUUACUUGGACUUGAGCGACCCGGCAAAGAUAGCUGGGGCAUACCGCGAAACUGCGCAGCUGUACCAAGAAAAGUACGGUGAGCCGUACGACGGCCCCGACACUGCCUGGCUGGCGGACUCGGUGCCGUACCCGCUGGUGACGUCCGCCAACCCGCUGGCCUACGCGCUGCGGGUUUUUGACGACAAUCCGCAGCAGGCGGAGCAGCAGACGGCCAUUGGCCUCGCCUGCCAGGCCACCGGCCUGCCUGAGCCCCAGCCCGGUGCGCCCGUGGUUCGCAGUGGGGCUCAUGCCCUGUACUUGACGUGGCUGGCGGCCAGGAGGGCGGAGGCGGCCUUCAAUGAUUUGACGUGUAAUCGCUGCUGCUGGACGAGAAAUAAAACGGUCCAUAUGCAAACGUUGGGGGACGUCAACUCCGCACUUGUGUCCGUGGCCUACUUCCUGGAGCUGCCGGACAUUGACACGCACCCAUACAUCAAGGCCAUCUCGCGGCGGGUGGGAACCUGGGAACCCAAGCCCUCCUCUCUCAAAGGAACUCUUGAGCCGGCUAUGGCGACGGCAGAGACGGCCUUCAAGCCAUCCGACCCGGCGGAUUACCUCAGCGGGCGGGAGUCGCACCUCCUCAAGGGUCUUACGCCGCUGCUGGCUGCGGCGAUGGUGCCAGCGCCGAAGGCGGGUUCGGCCCCCAUGGUCUCUGACAGCUAUGAUUCGCCCUUGUGGCGCAUCCUUGCUACCCAGCAGAGCGUACAUCCCAAAGUAGAGGGCCAAUACUCGUCGGCAUGGAAGAUCUCCGCGAGUCAUGGUGUGGGACGUAUGCAGCACAUGUAUCAAACUCGGUCGCACAAGCACGAAGGCUGCUACGUGUACGGAUCGAGCGAUUAUUACGUUGUUACGACGUUGUACAUGACAGGGUGGUACUAUUAUGGUGACGGUUAUGGCGGCGGCGGCUGGGUAGGUGGCGGCGGCUGUGGUGGCGGAGGCGGUAUCGGUGUUGAUAGUGGUGGCUUCGGAGGGGAUGCCGGUGGCGGUGGCGGUGGCGGUGGGGGGGGAGGGGGCGGUGGUGGCUGCGGUGGCGGUUGCGGCGGCGGCGGCUGUGGGGGCUAA